AUGAACUGCGGCAACUUCUCCGGCACCGUCUUCCCCGGCUGCUACUGGGGCAGCUACGGCUACCCCCUGGGCUACAGCGUGGGCUGUGGCUUUGGCAGCACCUACUCCCCCGUGGGCUACGGCUGUGGCUACGGCUACGGCGGGUGCCUCAGCUACCGGAGGUACUGGCCCUAUGCCCUGUACUGA